AAACAAGUGAACAAGGGUGGGCACCACAAUAAGAUAUGAAGAAAUGCAAUUAAUGUGGCUCGAAUGCAAACACGAUGACCAAUCCACCAUUGUUGUCCACCGUGACCACCAGCUCCAGCAGCACAAAAAACCCUGCAUCUUCCCACUCGGCUCCACAAAAUUCUCACACACGUUACUCUGCUGAAAUCAAUGGAGCUCUGUGGAGCUUCUGCUCUGGCUUGGAGAACCUCAAUUUCUCCUUCUCUUCACUCUUCUCCUCAGCCGACUUCGGUGAGUGAAUUCAGAAGAGUUAGGGUUUGGUGUGUUAAAACCGACGUCAAUGGCUCGUCUCAGUCGGUUAAGGGUAACCAGAUGACAGUAUCUAUAACAGGAGCUACAGGCUUUAUAGGGAGUAAAUUGGUGCAAAGGCUCUAUGAAGAUAACCAUAGUAUCUGUGUCUUGACUCGAUCUAGAUCUAAAGCUCAGUCAAUUUUUCCGGUGAAGGAUUUCCCAGGCAUUGUAAUUGCAGAGGAGCCUCAAUGGAAAGAUUGCAUUCAAAAGUCAACUGGAGUUGUAAACUUGGCUGGAUUGCCAAUUAGUACAAGAUGGUCUUCUGAGAUCAAGAAAGAGAUCAAACAAAGCAGGAUUGGAGUCACCUCAAAGGUUGUUGACUCGAUAAAUAGCUCCACAAGUGAUGCAAGACCAAAAGUUUUGGUUAGUGCAACAGCAGUUGGCUAUUAUGGUACUAGUGAAACACAAGUGUUUGAUGAACAAAGCCCUUCUGGAAAUGAUUAUCUAGCUGAGGUUUGUAGAGAAUGGGAAGGAACAGCUCUUGCAGUUGAUAAGGAUGUUAGACUCGCACUUAUUCGUAUUGGGGUGGUGCUUGGAAAAGAUGGUGGUGCUUUAGCUAAAAUGAUUCCUAUUUUCAUGAUGUUUGCUGGAGGACCUUUGGGCUCUGGGAAACAAUGGUUUUCGUGGAUUCAUAUAGAUGACCUGGUGAAUAUCUUAUAUGAAGCCUUAUCAAAUCCAUCUUAUAAAGGAGUGAUCAAUGGAACCGCACCUAACCCUGUCCGUCUAGCCGAAAUGUGCCAACAUUUGGGAUCGGUGAUGGGGCGGCCGUCAUGGCUACCGGUGCCCGACCUUGCCCUCAAAGCGGUCCUUGGAGAAGGCGCGAUAGUGGUUUUGGAAGGACAAAGGGUGGUGCCUGUUAGAGCGAAAGAAUUAGGGUUUUCGUAUAAGUAUCCGUACAUCAAAGAAGCAUUGAAAGCCAUUUUAGCUCAAAAGGUUGUAGUCUGA